CACCUGCAGAGAAACCAACAUCACACAUUACACUACACCGCUAGCUAUAGUACUCCAUUUCUAACACCAAGCAAAUGAUGAAUAAUUUGCUUUCACCCUCGACCCUUCAACCAUUUACUAUUUGCACCACUUUGUUGUUUCUUUUCGUUCUCUUUUGGCUACUGAGAAGCCGCCGCAUUAAUACUAGUGUAGCUCCAGAAGCCGGUGGAGCUUGGCCUUUGAUCGGCCACCUCCACCUCUUAGGUGGAUCCCAGCCACCUCAUGUCACCUUAGGGAAGCUAGCCGAUAAAUACGGACCUAUCUUCACCUUUCGUUUUGGUGUUCACAAAACACUAGUUAUAAGCAGUUGUGAAAUGGCGAAACAAUGCUUCACUGUAAACGAUAGAGCCUUUGCUUCUCGUCCCAAAUCUAUAGCCUUUGAAAUUUUGGGAUAUAACUUUUCCAUGAUAGGUUUCAGUCCUUACGGUUCCUAUUGGCGCACAGUGCGUAAGAUAUCCACCAUCCACGUCCUCUCCGCCACACGGAUAGAUAUGCUUAAACAUGUUAUGGAAACUGAGGUUAAGAAUGCGAUGAAAGAUAGUCACUCUUCUGAAAAGGUGGUAACAGAAAUGAAGAAAUGGUUUGGUGAUAUAGCGAUAAACGUGAUGUUUAGAACGGUGGUUGGAGAACGUUUUGACGGGGAAGGAGAAAAGAACAAACAAAUACGAAAAGCGUUUAGAGAGCUCUUCCAUCUUUGUGGUUCCUUUGUUAUAUCUGAUUCGUUGCCGUUUUUAAGAUGGUUGGAUUUGGAUGGAAAAGAGAAGGAAAUGAAGAAAACUGCUAAAGAGUUGGAUGAGUUUGUUCAAGGUUGGAUUGAUCAACACAAACGUAGUAGGGUUCCUGGAAAUGAACGUGACUUUAUGGAUGUUAUUAUCUCCGCUGUUGAUGAUCAAGAAAUUGAUGGUCGUGAUGCUGGAACUACUAUCAAAACUACGUGUCUGUCAUUAAUUCUAGCUGGCACAGACACUACAACAUCAACAUUAACUUGGGCUCUAUGUUUACUUCUCAACAACCGUGAAAUCCUCAGCAAGGCCGUACAAGAAUUAGAUACACAAAUUGGUAGAGAAAAGAUGGUAAUGGAAUCAGAUUUGCACAAGUUAGAGUAUCUUCAAGCUAUUAUCAAGGAAACAAUGCGCUUGUGUCCAACCGUGCCACUAAAUGUGCCUCAUGAGUCCACUGAAGAUUGUACCAUUGGUGGAUAUCAUGUGCCCGCUGGUACUCGUCUCCUUACAAACAUUUCAAAACUUCAGCAAGAUCCGUUUAUAUAUUCUAAUCCACUAGAGUUUCGACCAGAGAGAUUCCUCACAACACACAAGGAUAUUGAUCUCAAAGGCCAACAUUUUGAGUUGAUUCCAUUUGGUGCGGGUAGAAGAAUGUGUCCCGGAAUAUCAUUUGGUCUUAAGCUAAUUCAAAUAACACUUGCAACUUUGUUGCAUGGAUUUGAUAUAGUGACUCAAGAUGGAGGACCAGUUGGUAUGGUUGAACAAAGUGGACUGACCAACGUCAAAGCAUCUCCUCUAGAAGUCAUUCUUACUCCACGUUUGUCAACAGAACUUUAUGGUCAGAAUUAAUACGUGAGAGUUGAGACUAUUUGGCAUUAAUGCAUAAAUAGAUAAACAUGAGAGGUUAUGCAAUUAUUAAAUAAAAAAUAGGUUUCUUUGAAUAAAUUCCUUUUGUGCUUGCAUUUACAGUUAGUUUCUGACUUUUAU